UCAUCGUGUGGGCUGGGUCAAGCGUCGCUAGAGUCAAGGCGAAGCACACGGAGAAAGACAUCAGCAAGAAUGGAUACUUAAACGGAUUUUACUGGAUGUGGAUUUACCAAAGACAACAAUUUUGCUAUUUAUCUGAGUUGCUAUGGCAUCCCGGGAACAAUGGAAUACGGCCGGGGGCCUGUUUUUUAUUCUGCUUUGUCUGUGCGGCUGGACCAGGGCUCAGAUAACCUACUCCGUAUCGGAGGAGGUAGACAAAGGGACGGCAGUGGGGAACCUUGCUAAGGAUUUAAACCUCAGUGUGCAGCAACUUCAAUCCACGAGCCUGCAGAUAACCUCCGGGUACAAAAGACGGUAUUUUGACAUUAAUUUAGAGUCUGGAUUAUUGGUUGUUAGCGAUAGGAUAGACAGAGAGGAGUUAUGUCCAAAUGUAAUGAAAUGCUCUUUAAAUAUAGAAGCUGCGUUGAGUAACCCUCGCAGACUCCAUCGAAUUGAGGUUGUGAUUAAUGACAUUAAUGACAAUGCACCUGUUUUUCUUGAAGAAAUAACAACAAUAAAUAUGUAUGAAAACACGUUUCUUGGUGAGAGGCAUCCGCUCCCAAUAGCUCACGAUGCAGAUGUGGGUGCAAACUCUGUUAAGACCUACAAAUUAAACCCGAAUGACUAUUUUGUUUUGGAUUUACAAAGCAACAGUGGUAGAGUCUCCGCUGAGCUCGUACUGCAAAAAGCAUUAGAUCGAGAAACGCAGGCUGUAAUUGAGCUCACGCUCACUGCCAUAGAUGGAGGAAAACCUCCUAAAUCAGGCACCAUACAAAUACAAAUAAACGUCCUUGAUGUAAACGACAAUUCUCCUUUGUUUAGCAAAUCCCUCUAUAAGGUCCAAGUUGUUGAGAAUGCAGAUAUUGGCAACACACUGGUAACUCUGUCUGCUACUGAUUUAGAUGACGGCAUAAAUGGUCAUCUGGUCUAUUCCUUUGUAGAACGAGGACAUUUUAACGCAGAUGAUACAUUUACUCUAAAUGAAAACACUGGCGAAAUCACCAUUAAGGGUGAAAUUAAUUAUGAAGAAACUCAAGCAUAUGAGAUCCGUGUUCAAGUGCGGGACAAAGGCAAUCCUCCUCGUUUGUCGCACAGCAAAGUUUUAGUGGAAGUCAUCGACGUGAAUGACAACGCACCUGAAAUCAUUGUGUCAUCACUCAUGAGUCCGGUUAAAGAGGAUGCAGAAAUAGGCACGGCGGUUGCCAUGGUGACAAUUACGGAUAAGGACGGCGGCAAGAAUGGCCAAACAAAGUGUAACAUUGCUGGAUCAGUACCAUUUGUUUUAAAGUCUAACUAUAAAAACUACUACUCGUUGCUGGUAGACGGGCUUCUUGACAGGGAAGUUGUUUCACAAUAUCUUGUAACACUAACAGCUACUGAUGAAGGCAGUCCUCCUUUGUCCACGACAAGCGUCGUCACCAUUCAGGUUUCUGAUGUUAAUGACAACCCACCUCGAUUCAUGGAGCCUGUAAUUAAUGUAUAUCUAAAGGAGAAUACUCCAACUGGAACGAAUGUUUACACUUUGACAACCACAGAUGCUGAUUCAGUUGAAAAUGCAAAAGCAGCUUAUCAUUUAAUUGACAGUUCUUCAAAAUCUACACAAAUCGCUUCAAUGAUAAACAUCAACUCAGAGAGUGGAGAUAUAGUCAGUUUGCAAUCGUUUGACUACGAGAAGUUAAAGACGUUGCAGUUUAAAGUCCAGGCCACAGACUCUGGUGUUCCUCCACUCAGCAGCAACGUGACUGUCAACGUUUUUAUCCUGGAUGAGAAUGACAACAGUCCCACCAUUCUGGCGCCAUAUUCUGAGCACAGCUCCGUUAACAGUGAGAGCAUCCCCUAUUCUGCUGAAGCGGGAUACUUUGUGGCAAAGAUCAGGGCUGUAGACGCAGACUCUGGAUACAAUGCACUGCUCUCCUAUCACCUGUCUGAGUCCAAAGGCAACAACAACAACAACUUAUUCCGGAUCGGAACCAGCACCGGGGAGAUCCGCACCAAGAGGAGAAUGAGUGACAAUGACCUGAAAAGUCACCCCUUGGUGGUGUCGGUGUGUGAUCAUGGAGAAGCCUCCCUGUCAGCUACUGUGUCUAUUGAUGUGGUGGUGCUUGAAAGCACAGCUGACAUCCACACUCAGUUCAGACAUGUGCCCAUAAAGGAGGAGAACUUCUCCGACUUACACCUGUACCUGCUCAUCGCCAUUGUGGCCGUGUCACUCAUCUUUCUGCUCAGCCUCAUCACUUUAAUAGCCGUCAGAUGCCACAGACAGACAGACGGCACUUUCGGCAGGUACGGCGCCCCGAUGAUCACCACCCAUCCUGACGGGAGCUGGUCUUACUCCAAAGCUACUCAGCAGUAUGACGUGUGUUUCAGCUCAGACACACUCAAGAGUGACGUAGUGGUUUUCCCCGGACCUUAUCCACCUGUAGAUGCUGAACUGAUCAGUAUUAAUGGAGGAGACACCUUUAGCAGGACUCAGACUUUACCUAACACUGACAAGGUAAGCAAAAUGUAUUGAUUCAAAUACUCUCUGAAAUGUAUAGAUUUACACAGUACUUAAAGUAUAAUGGCCUAGCUGUAGGUUCACAUCAAUUGUGUGUUGAGUGUGGCUCUACUGAUGACUCAUGGAUCUGGACUUCAUUGUUAAAUGUGCAAAAUAUGUUGUGAGGAAAUUUGAAGUGGCAGGCAGGUGUGGUAAUCUUAUUAGUAUCAUUGCUGUGGCUCAGAAGACAUGUGUUCCUUGUGUAUUGAUUGUUGUCCGGAAUAGAUUGUUUUAAACACUUCUUCAUUGCAAAAUGAAAAGCAAAGAGCGCAAUGAUGAAACCAUCCCUUUAUUGAUAACUAAUAACAACAAAAAAACCCUGUGUCUUUAAAUAUAUGUAUCUCGUUUUAAGCAUUUUUAUUUAAAAAAUAUAUAUAUUUACAACACAACGGUGGGUUGUGGGGGAUAUAUAUUGCCUUGGUUCUUGGCUGAUGGGUCUUUGGCUCAAAAAGGUUGGAGACCA